CUUUUUUCCAGUUGUGCUAAGCAACCCUGAUUGUCAGGUCUGAUAUCGCAAUAAAAGAAUAAAGAAGUAAAACCGAUACAUAAGAUGCGUGCAUCUGUGUAUAUGUAUAACGGUGCGGCAUAGAAACCGCCGCCAAACGUAAAAGUUUAUAUAUAUAUAUAUGUAUAUAUAUAUAUAUAUACGCAUGUGCAUAUGUAUAUCCGAAAGCAAACAGUGACGAGGACAACAACAGCGGAACUUAAAGGCGCCCAGAAAAUAAUAUUGUACAUAAACUUUAAUUAAAGCAAGAAAAAAAGGGCAACAACAAUAACGUCGGAACAGAAAAUAGGAACAACAAUAAUCAAUAGGCGAUAAAAAGUUUUGUUAUCAGCGUGUUUUCGUCAUUUGGCUUUUUGGAAUUGAUAUUGUUGGUUGGCUUGUCUUGGUAUUCAUUACUGGUAUCUUGUUGGCAUUUCGACAACUUGUUGUUGCUGCCGCGAGACAAAGUACGCGGCAGCGGCAACAUCACCGCUAACGGGUGUUGUUGCUUGCGUAGACGCCAAUUCCAACGCUGACGCUGACAAUGUCUGUGCAGCAGUUCUGCUUGCGCUGGAACAAUCACCAGCCAAACUUCAUAUCCGUCUGUUCCUCCCUGCUGCAUAAUGGGACGCUGGUGGACGUCACGCUUGCCGCGGAGGGUCGACAGCUACAAGCCCACAAAAUAGUGCUGUCCGCGUGCAGUUCGUACUUUCAGGCGCUAUUUACGACGAAUCCGUGUCAGCACCCGAUUGUCAUACUGAAGGACGUGCAGUACGAUGAUCUCAAGACGAUGGUGGACUUUAUGUACUACGGAGAGGUGAAUGUGUCGCAAGAGCAACUGCCACACAUACUUAAAACAGCCGAGAUGCUCAAAAUAAAGGGCCUGGCCGAAAUGCCAACAGACCCGGCAAACCUCACCAAGUCAGACAGUAAGUCGUCCAGCGAGGCAACGGAACUGCUAGGACAAGCUGGCGCGAAUGUUGUCGGCGCGAAUGCUGGUGUAGCGGCAUCUAGCUUAGGAGCGGCUAGUGGCAGCAGUAGUGCUGGUGAUUCUCUUUGGAGCAGCAGUGAAGCGCAGCAGUUCCAGCAGCAUCAUCAGCAGCAACUACAGCAACAACUGCAACAACAGCAGGCGCAGCAACAGCAGCAGCAGCAACAACAACAACACCAGCAGCAACAACAACAACAACAGCAGCAACAGCAACAACAACAGCAGCAGCAACAACAACAGCAGCAGCAUCAUCAUCAUCAUCAUCAUCACCAACCUCAACAGCAGCAGGCAAGCCAGGCGCAGGGUUCGCAGACGCAUCAUCAUCAGCUACGACGAACUCCAUCACCGCUAAGUGCUGGCACCUCACCGGCUACGCGGCGCAAGCGCUUGCGAAAGUCUUCGAAUAACGGUGAGUGUGAGUUGGGCUCUGGUGACCGAAAUAACUCGGAGGAGCAGCAUAGCAGCUCCUUAGAUGCAGCUAGCGCCGCUGGCAGCGCUGCUGGCCUUAGCCUCGCGCAAAUGAGCCAAAUGUCGUUUGGAGCUGGAGCGGGCAAUAACUCUACAGCGGCACUAGGCGGUCUUUCGGGUCACUCGAUGCAUACUGCCAAGUUGUUGAAAGAGUCGGCGAGCGCUGAACUAGAGCAACAGCCACAGGACUCCGAUCUGGAUGACGCUCACGGACAUAUACAUAUGCAAAUUGUAAUGAAAUUGAAGCCCGAAGUGGACAUUGGCAAUGUGAAUCAAUCGAUGCCUCUGGACAUUUCAGGCACUACGACACCAUCGGAACACGACGCCCCCAAUUCACAAUCAUCGCACUCGGAGCCCAGUCCGGCGCAUGCCCCGCAGCAUCAUCCCACGCUGGCGAUCAGCCACAGCCAGGGCACCAAUACGAGCAGCAGCAGUGGCAGUUUUGAGCGGACGCCAAGUGAAACGGAUGCUGCAACAGAUCUGCAGACAUCGCAGUCGACAGCUGCGAUGGGGUCCAAGCGGAAUAGAGUGCUCACCAGGCAGCCUCGGGUUAAGCGGGACAGCGAUAGCCUAACGUCGACAAAUCAGAUUUCACCGGAUACAGCCGCUACGACACUUGACUUUGAUCCGUUUAAUGCGGCGGGCACAACCACCGCCAUAGCCAGGGACUACUCGACACACCAUCACCACCAGCCGCAGCACCAUCAUCAUCACCUGUUGACCGUACCACCUCGAAUUGAGCGGCACGCUUCUGAGCCGGCGCCGAGCCUGGCAUCGCCGACGCCGCACCUGCUAAGCGUACCGGCCAGCACACCAUAUCUGAUUAAGCAGCAUUCGGAUCCGCUGUUGCCGCGUCAGCAUUCGCUGCAUGCCACCGGCACGGGCAGCAUUACUGGCAGUAAUCCGUUUGCGCCAUUGCAUCGUCAAUACUCGCAUCCGCUGUCUGGAAGUAAUGCAAGCUAUGUGCCACCUGCUCCACUCCACCAUCCACAUCAUAUCUCGCUGCCUGAAUCAAUUUACGCUUCCGGCUCGCCGCCGCCAGCCGGUUCAUCGCAGUACCUGGUACCAGCACGCGUCGUCACUUGUAACGCUUCGUCCAGUGAGACCGCAGCCACGCCCACUAAUUCAAGUGGCACGCCCGUUUCGGUGGUAACGUCGCCACCGGCAGGCCUCAACAGCAACAGCAAUCGCCAGCCAUUUUCACCAACGUACGGCAGCAGCACGGAACAGUCGCCCAUUCCGGAACGCCGCUCGCCCCACUCACCCAUCACAAAUAUUGUGGAGCGCAGUAGCGCACGGGUCGAGACAGCAAAUGGCAGUGGGAAUAAGUUACGCACAUCCAAGUCAACUGGCAGCAGCAGCAGUAGCAGCAGCAUUCACCUGCAUCCCAACCAGACCGCGACGACGAGUAGUUCGUUUGAGCAUUUGCCCACGCUACGCGUGAAGAACGAGGAACUGCAGCGCUCGGUGUCUUCUCCACAGACCCAACGCGAAAUAACUACAUUGGAGAACCCACGUUCUAGUCAUUGUCCCGUCAUUCGUCCUGGCCCGGCGCUGGGCUGCAAUUUCUGUUGGAAUACCAUCGAUGGACAUGGUCGCAUUUUGCGCCGCAAAACGAAAUACCACUGUCCCGAGUGUCAAACGAAUUUAUGCAUCGUGCCGUGCUUCCAGGAGUACCACGAGCGGCUCAAGAAUGAAGCAGCCGCCGCCGAAAGUCAGGCCAACACCAGCAGUAGCAGCAACAGCAAAGGAACAGCCUAUGCAUCAUCAGGCGGCUCAGCUGCUCGGCUCUACACGAAAACCGAAUCGAUAUAAGCCGCGCCAUGGAAUCGCAUGCAAUGGCUUACAUAUUUGUAUUUGAGACCCGACGGGCCAUUCCACGAAUGGUCGUCGAUGUCGAAUUUGUUGUUUGUCGCCAGGAAGUGCAGCUGUAGCGCCAAUUAAAUGGCAAGUCAGCGGCACACUCUUCAUCCUGCAUCGAAAUUUUUUAUUUGUCACAGUUCCACUGUCCACGACGAAUCAAGUACCUGGACACGGACUGUUCACGCGCAUUGAAGCGCAGCAAGAUUUGUUUUUGUAUCUGCGUCUCCAUUUCGGAGGCGCAGUGAUGUAGAGUACAUACAUGUACAUGCAUACAUACAUGGAUACAUACCUACAUGCAGGCAUGCGAACAAGUCACCUGUCACAUGUCUGUCAAUGCACAAGAAACAUUUUUAAAACUAAUUGUAAAGCGAGCUAUGUAAAUGUAAAAUUAUUGUUAUGUACAUACAUACGACGUGUUUGUAUGUAAACUCUUGUACAAAUUGGAGAAACGAAAAUACAUAUAAAUCGAGAAAUAAAAAAAAGCAUCAGCGGUGUACAACUAAUCAAGCUCGAAUCGACACAUUACAGCCCAUUAAUAUAUAUAAAUCAAAAUUAACUUCUAUAGUGAAGUGCAACAAACUUAAAAACUUCCCGCCAAAUAAAAAGAAACGAAAACACUAGGAUUGAAGGCGUGAUGACGCCCCUAACACCUGACGCCUUUAAGGCCAGGCACCGCUGCGCAGGCGCACGAUUUUUCACCUGGUAAAUUGAACUUUGUGUAAAAAAAAAUUAAAAAAAAAAAAGAAGAAAAAGAAUGUCUUUUCAAGAAAAUCCAUAUGCAUUCGAUAUGCGUAUAUAUAAUCUAGCACAUUUGAAUGUAAAAAGUAUUUUGUGAAAAUGCAAAUGCGAAAACGAAUCGCUAAUCAAAUUAUAUUGUCAACAUUUCGCUGCUGUUCAGUUCGACUUAUAUAUUUAGACAAUAUAUAAACAAGAGUACAAAAUUAAGUUCGACAGCAAUAGCAGGCAACCUAUGUCAGCUAAACCAAGUUAAAAAUCAAUUUUAAACCAAUUCAAUAUAAGAAAACAAAAAGUUCAUUCAUUUUCGAAAGCGUUAUUUCUUGGUGUUGUAAUUCGAUGAAAAUAUUUUGUAACCAGCUCAUGAGAAUUUAAGAAAAUCUAUUUUUGCACUCCUGAUAUGUGUGCGUGUAAACUUGUAGAUCAAUCAAAAAUUGUAAUUGGCUACUAUUUCCAAAUGGUAGAUGCAUAAAAGCGUAUUUUAUAGAACUUGACCUUAUCUAUUUUCUUACUACAUAUUAGAAUCGGACUCCCAGAGCCUGAACGCAACGUUAAAUCUAUGUGACGUACCGUUGAUUAUCAAUAAAUCAUUGUUUUUAAAUUUA